ACAUAUUGUGCAAUUCAAAAUCUAGAAAAUAACAUGGUCCAAUACUAUCCACCAUUGGGAAUCUAUCAAAUUUGAUGGAGCUAGACCUUUCUUCCAACAAAUUAAAUGGUCCAAUACCAUCCACCAUUUGGAAUCUAUCAAAUUUGAAGUAUUUAGUCCUCUCUUCCAACAAAUUAAAUGGUGAGCUUCCAUUCUGCAUCUGCAACUUGACAUCCCUUCAGCUUCUUCUACUCUCAAAUAACAGUUUGGAAGGGACAGUUCCACAAUGCUUUCGAAACUUGAGCAAAUCGUUGUCCAUAUUUCAUUUAAAUGCAAAUAACUUUAGUGGCCUCAUUCCAUCAAUAUUUAUCAAUGGGUGUAGUCUUCAGUCCAUCAAUUUGAGUGGUAAUAAAUUGAAAGGAAGAUUACCUAAAUCCUUAAUCAAUUGCAAAAGUCUGAAGGGUCUCGACGUUGGAAAUAAUAGAAUACGAGACAAAUUUCCGUUUUGGAUGGAAGGUCUUCCUAAGCUUCGAGUACUCAUAUUGAAGUCCAACAAGUUUGAUGGUAACAUGUCGCUGGCUUCACGAAGCAACCUUCCAUUUCAAAAGUUGCAAGUUUUAGAUAUAUCUGACAAUGAAUUUGUGGGGUCUCUCCCUCAAACAUAUUUCAAGAACUUUAGAGCAAUGAUGGAUGUGAAGGAAAAUAAGACAGAUCUAAUUACAAGUAGUGAUGAUGACUCUUUUCUAAGGUAUGUGGAGAUGAGAAUCACCUUGAAAGGUUUGGAUCUGUUAUUGACGAGGCUGUUGAAAACCUUUACAACCAUUGACUUAUCCUCCAACAAUUUCUCUGGUAGUAUUCCAGAUUCCAUAGGUAAUCUGAAUUCUUUGAGAUACUUGAAUUUGUCCCACAAUAAUCUCAUGGGACACAUACCUGCAUCUCUUGGAAAUAUAAGUGUGCUUGAAUCAUUGGACUUGUCAUCGAAGAAAUUGGAGGGAGGAAUUCCAAGUGAAUUGACAAGAUUGACAUUUCUUGAGAAAUUAAACCUUUCGAUGAAUGAUCUCGUGGGGCAAAUACCACAGUCUAACCAGUUCUCCACAUUUGAGAAUGAUUCAUACGUGGGAAACUUGAGAUUGUGUGGAGUUCCAUUGACGAGAAAAUGCAACGAGAAGAAUGAGCAGCAGAUGCAGCCAGAAGAAGAAGAAGAUGAGUAUGGAUUUAUAGAUGGAUUUGGAUGGAGAAGUGUGGUGAUGGGAUAUGGAAGUGGAUUCAUAGUUGGAAUUGGAAUUGGUUGUUGGAUUAUUCGAUUUGGAAGGCCAAGAUGGUUGGUGGAAUUCUUUUUUGGUGUUGGAUAUACAUACAACAAGAACAAGACAAGGAAGAGAGCUACUCCAACACAGAGGAGAAGUUGAUUCAAGACAAAUAUAUAUUAUGAGCUUUUCUUUCUUGCUUUUUUGUUCUUUUCCAGACAUCAGAUUGUUGUUUUAUGAUUGCUAC